GGGGGUGGGAGCGGCCCGGUUCUGCCUGAUUUACGGCUCUGCUGAAAACCGCUCGGCUCCCGCAGCAUCAGCACCGGCGGCGGCGGCUGCAGCAGCAGCAACAAGUCAGGACUUUUAGAGUAAUGCAACAGAAGGCUUUUGAGGAAAACAGAUAUCCCUGGCAGGAGUCCUUUGAGAAUGUUGCUGUGUGCCUGCCAUUCCGCUGCCCGAGGUGUGGAGACCAUACCAGAUUUAGAAGCUUGUCGUCCUUGAGGGCCCAUCUGGAAUUCAGUCACAGCUAUGAAGAAAGAACCCUCUUGACAAAAUGCAGCCUCUUUCCAUCUCUCAAAGAUGCAGACCUUGUCACUUCCUCAGAACUCCUGAGACAGGGAAAAUUGCAGGGCCAUGGCAAAGUGGCAAGGCAGAAGCCGAGUUAUGUUAACUUGUAUAGCAUUUCGCAUGAACACUCCAAGGACUGGAAGCCAUUUGAGAUGGUGGCAGAGAGGCCCGUGUCCUAUGUGCAGACCUACACUGCCACGGACAUACGGGCAGACUCGCUGGAUGGGCCCCGGUCGAGUCCUGGACUUUCCACCUCAGAUACCAAAGCUGCUUUUGAGGCACAUGUCAGAGAAAAAUUCAACCGGAUGGUUGAGGCUGUGGAUAGGACCAUUGAGAAAAGAAUCGAUAAACUCACCAAAGAAUUGGCCCAGAAAACUGCUGAACUGUUGGAAGUUCGGGCAGCUUUUGUACAGCUGACUCAGAAAAAGCAGGCAGUUCAGAGACGAGAGCGGGCCCUGAACAGACAGGUGGACGUGGCUGUGGAAAUGAUUGCUGCACUGAGGCAGCGCCUGACAGAAUCCGAGGAAGAGCUUCUUAGGAAAGAGGAAGAAGUUGUUACAUUUAACCAUUUCCUGGAAGCAGCAGCUGAGAAGGAGGUCCAGGGUAAAGCUCGGCUCCAGGACUUUAUUGAGAAUCUGUUGCAGCGGGUAGAACUGGCAGAAAAGCAAUUAGAAUAUUAUCAAAGUCAACAGGCCUCCGCCUUCAGCCGUGACAUCAGUGAACAUGUGCUUACAGACAUCUGCUCAAAUAGGAAACCCAGAUGCCUAAGCCGAGGGCACCCACAUUCUGUGUGUAGCCACCCUGAUCUCAAGGCCCAUUUCCAUGUAAAGGGAAGGAGCUACCUGAAGAAAGCCAGGGAUGACAGAGCCUGCAUGCAGCCUGCCAAGUCUAUUCAUGAACAGGGCGAGUCCUCAAGAGAACUCUGCAGACCUUCCAAGAAAGGCGAGCUCCUGGGACUUAGCCGGAAAGGCAACAUCAGGCCCAAAAUGGCUAAAAAGAAACCAACAGCGAUUGUGAACAUCAUCUGAAAGAGUGGGUGGCUCAGGAACAUUGUCACUGGGCUUUGAGGAACAUUGUUCUAGGGGCCAAUAAUAUUGUCCUUUUGGAUCCAUCCCAUAUUAAGAUGUGUUAGAAAAGCAAAGAACAUAACACAUAAAGCAAUUCAUUUAACCAGAAUUUAGCAAAGGGAAAGCUCAGUGAACCAGUUUUAUUACAACCUCCUUUAGAUGCAAGAGGCAAAUUACAGAAAGGAAAAAAAUUGCGGUAGUCUUCUCCUAAUUGUUUAGUAAAACAAAUCUCCAACUUU